AUGGAGUUUCAUGCACAAUCCUCAGAAGAAGGUAUGAUAGCAGAAGGGUCUCAUACGUUAUCAUGCCCAGUGGAAAGAGAUUCUACUCUGGAACAUGCAUACCAAGGAGAUAUCGAUGAGCAAGGCAUAACAGUCUUAGAGCCACAUCAAACAAGAAAAGAAGAGCAUGAGAAGCUCAAGAAAAAGAAUGCGAAGAGGUCAAAAUGGAUGGUCCAUUGA